CAGUCAGUUCACACUGGAGAGUGGCCAUUCACCUGCUCAUACUGCGGGAAGGGAUUCUCCGAAUUACCUCAACUUAAGGUACAUCAGCGAGUUCACACCGGAGAGAGGCCAUUCACCUGCUCAGACUGUGGGAAGGGAUUUGCUUCGUCAUCCCAUCUGAAGAUACAUCAGCGAGUUCACACUGGAGAGAGGCCGUUCACCUGCUCAGACUGUGGGAAAGGAUUCACUCAGACAUCUCAACUGAAGGCACACCAGGGAGUUCACACCGGAGAGUGGGCAAUCACCUGCUCGGACUGUGGGAAGGGAUUUACUUGCUCAUCCCAUCUGAAGGUACAUCAGCAAGUUCACACUGGAGAGAAGCCAUUCACCUGCUCAGACUGUGGGAAAGGAUUCACUCAGUUAUCUCAACUGAAGGCACACCAGGGAGUUCACACCGGAGAGUGGCCAAUCACCUGCUCAGACUGCGGGAAGGGAUUCGCUUCGUCAUCCCAUCUGAAGAUACAUCAGCGAGUUCACACUGGUGAGAGGCCGUUCACCUGCUCAGACUGUGGGAAAGGAUUCACUCAGUCAUCCAUCCUAAAGGCACAAUACGUGGCUAUCAAGAGUCCCGGUGAAGGGUCUUGA